GAGCAGCCUACUACUACCUUUUCUGAAUCUUUGAAGAUAGUAAACAGUGAUACAUCUAGUGCUUGGAAAUGGUUAGACAGCUCAAACACCACGAGAAGAAGUUAUUGAGGAAAGUUGAUUUCCUCGAUUGGAAACAGGAUCAAGGUCAUCGAGACCUUCAGGUGAUGAAUACUUACUAUAUCCAGAAUAGAGAAGAUUAUCAUAAAUACAAUAAAAUCUGUGGUGAAAUAAGAAAGUUGGCGCAUAAGCUUUCUUUGUUACAACCAACUGAUCCAUUUAGAAUAAAGCAUGAACAAUUAUUAUUGGAAAAAUUAUAUAAUAUGGGGAUUUUGGCAACCAAGUCAAAGAUAUCUGAUUUAGAAAAUAAGGUGACUGUGGCAGCUUUCUGUCGUAGAAGGAUAGGGGUUGUUAUGUGUCGUCUUAAGAUGGCUCAGACGAUAAAGGAUGCUAUCACUUUUAUUGAAGGUGGACAUGUAAGGGUUGGUCCAAACGUUAUUACUGAUCCUGCUUAUUUGGUUACUCGAAAUCUUGAAGACUACUUAACCUGGGUUGAUUCUUCCAAAAUUAAGAGAAACGUUCUUAAGUAUAAAAAUAAAAUUGAUGAUUAUGAAUUGUCUUGAUCUGGUAUUUAAAUUUUGCAUUCUCAUAUUUGGG